AUGACCGAAGAGAAGAUGCCGCUCAUGCUCGAAAACGGCAUGAAUGGGGCCAUGCAGGUCGACCAGCUCGACGUCGACGACCUCUUUGGCGACGGCGUUGGCGGCCUGUCUCUUCACACGGCCCGCCCUCCAACAAAACAACUGCGCCAAAGGAUCGAUGAACUACGCACCCGCGGCUGUUGCCAAUCCGGCGCAAUAGCCUCCGUUUCACCAGAUGGAAAGACACUGGAAGCCAGGUUCCUGCGUUCCCAUCCUGACAAUGGCGACUGGGGUCUCAGUGAGCCCACAAAGGUUGAUCUCAUCAGUAUCAAUCCUUCAAGCCCCAUAAUACACCUCGCCUGGGCCUCGACAGCAAGCCCUGAACUAGCCGUCAUCGACGCGACUGGCCGAGUUGCUAUUUUGACCUAUUCCAUCACUCUGAACCGACCCUUCGCAACACGGAAAUGGGACCAUGACCCUUCCGACGACCUCCAUGCCAUUGUCGGAAGCUACUGGCUACCACUCGCUCCUCAAAGCAAGCAGUACUGGGUGAGCCAUGGACCAGCUGUGAAAGAUGGCAACCAGUAUAGGUACGAGAGCUCGUUCAUGUUCUGGGCUCAGAACAACAACAAGAUCGAAGAAACCUCACUUGAGCUCGAGAGCGUCAACUCAUCUGACGACUUGAUUACACACGCAGCACUCCACAGCGACAAGGGCAAGCAGUAA